AGCGCGAAGGGAAGGCGAAGGAAUAUAUGUUUUCUGCUGAGGACGUUGGGACCUGCUGACACUGGUGGCUCCAUGUCCCAUGUCCAGAGCACCUGGGAAAUGCACCAGCAGAACAUGGCUUAUCUCCAAGAUACAGACAUGGAGACCAUGGCAGCUAGCACCUCGCUUCCCGACCCCGCUGGCGACUUUGACAGGAACGUGCCUCGGAUCUGUGGCGUCUGCGGGGACAAAGCCACCGGCUUUCACUUCAACGCGAUGACCUGUGAAGGCUGCAAGGGCUUCUUCAGGAGAAGCAUGAAGAGGAAGGCGAUGUUCACGUGUCCGUUCAACGGCGACUGCAAAAUCACCAAAGACAACCGGCGGCACUGCCAGGCCUGCCGGCUGAAGCGCUGCGUGGACAUCGGCAUGAUGAAAGAGUUCAUCCUGACGGACGAGGAGGUGCAGAGGAAGCGCGAGAUGAUAAUGAAGCGCAAGGAGGAGGAAGCGCUCAAGGAGAGCCUGAAGCCCAAACUCUCGGAGGAGCAGCAGAAAGUCAUCGACAUCCUCCUCGAGGCCCAUCACAAAACCUACGACCCCACGUACUCCGACUUCACCAAGUUCCGGCCGCCCGUGAGAAGCAACACCAGCAGCAGGGUGGCAGCGAGGUCCUCCUCCAUCCUCACUCAGGACUUGUCAUCGGAGGACUCCACUGACCUCUUUGGCUCCGAUGCUUUCAACGCUUUUCCAGAGUCCGUGGAGCCCCCGAUGUUCUCGAACCUGGUCCUCUCCGAGGAGAACGACGAGAGCACCUCCGUGAACAUCGACCUCUCCCACCUCUCCAUGCUCCCGCACUUGGCGGACCUGGUCAGCUACAGCAUACAGAAGGUGAUCGGCUUUGCCAAAAUGAUCCCGGGAUUCAGGGAUCUGACAGCAGAAGACCAGAUCGCCCUGCUGAAAUCCAGCGCCAUUGAGGUGAUCAUGCUGCGUUCAAACCAGUCCUUCACCCUGGAGGACAUGACGUGGACCUGCGGCAGCAACGACUUCAAGUACAGGAUCAGUGAUGUCACCCAAGCUGGCCACAGCUUGGACCUGCUCGAGCCGCUGGUGAAAUUCCAGGUUGGCUUGAAGAAGCUGAACCUUCAUGAAGAAGAGCACGUCCUCCUCAUGGCCAUCUGCAUCCUGUCCCCAGAUCGCCCCGGCGUGCAGGACACAUCGCUGGUGGAGUCGCUCCAGGAUCGCCUCUCGGAGAUCCUGCAGACCUACAUCCGCUGCAGGCACCCCCCGCCAGGCAGCCGCCUGCUCUACGCCAAGAUGAUCCAGAAGCUGGCCGACCUGCGGAGCCUGAACGAAGAGCACUCCAAGCAGUACCGCUGCCUCUCCUUCCAGCCCGAGCACAGCAUGCAGCUCACGCCGCUGGUGCUCGAAGUCUUCGGCAACGAGAUAUCCUGACUCCGCACGUGGGGCUGAGCACCCACAAAUAAAGGGAUAAGUCAGCCCGGCUUCCCAGAGGCAGCGAGCAGCGGGAUGUGACCCUGGGGCAGCAGUUUGUACGUAGACGGUUUGAUUUCACACUACUGGCAGUUCUGCUUUGUUUUCUCCUCCACGGUGGCUGGGUUUGCUCGCUGCAGAGCGGUGACAGACCCACUUCUGUGUUUGGUCCCUCUUCCCCUACCGUGAGCGACUUGUCUGCCACCUGCAAGAGCUGACUUAUCCCUUUAUGGACGUUUUGAGGCUGUCGUUGUGCUGGGCUGCCUCAAACCACUUCUUUCCGAACUGAAUGGUCGGGCUACUUGGAAAGAGAAGUGCUGGGAUUUUGCACGGGGAAGUGGAGCUGCGGCGGCGAGUGCUCGGCGCCGCCCUCCGCUGCCCCUCUGAACUCUGCAGCACAGACGCCGCGUGUGUUCAGGGCUGCCCGAGAGACCCCCGCGCACGGCCCCCGCCCCCCGCCUUUCAGAAAGGGAAAUGUUGAGCGAAUUGUGCACCUCGAAUCCCUGCAAAAAAAAAAAAAAAAAAAAAAAAAUGCCGUGGUCACCCCGGCCGAGGCUCCGCUGCGGGCUCCGCGUCGCUGCGUGCAUCGUCGACAAAACCCGCUCCCGUGAGCCGCUGCGAGACUGGUAGGAGGCCGAAGACGCGUGUCAGGGCUCGGCUCUGGCUCGAAAGGAGAGAUUUGUCGUAAACCUUCAGCGGGGAUAUUUGCGUUCCCAACACUACUGCCCGGCGACGAGGGAGCGGAGGGCUGCAGGGGGGAGCAGCCAGGCUCCGUGCCACGGCGAGACCCCGGCGCCAAACUGUCCUCAGCAGGUUUGCCAAGCCCGCGCCAAGCCCGCGGAGCCUCCUCCGCGCUCUCGGACCUCGGGGCCGCGAGUCGGGAGCAAAACGCCCGCGGCAGCGGCGCAGCCCCCGGGGCGCCGUUGCCCUCCGAGCUCGGAUCCGGCCUGCCUUGGAGGGUUCCCGCGCGACGCUGCAGCAAAAACAGCCCGGAGGCUGCUCGGGGCUGCCCCCCGUACCCCUCACCUCGCCCUGCUCUCCCCGCUCGGUGGCGCCCCGCGGGGACGCCGGGGCGAUCGGCUCCGUGCUGCGACGCCGCCUCGCCUGCGUGCCAAAACCUCCCAGCGCUUCCCGGCUGCCGGAACCUUGCUCUCCCCGGCGGCGUUUUAAGAUUAGAGGAAAACAAUUCUCCCAAGAAAAAGCAAGCGGCGUGAUGGGAGCAAACUUCCCAGGAGGGAUUCGGGACCAGGGACCGGGAAGCAGCCGAAGUGGGUGAACUCCGGGCCCGGCGGCAGGGGAGGGGGCGCAGGGGCAAGGGUGGGCUGCUGUCGCAUGCGUGGAGCUCGCGGGGCGCCGCGGGAGCCAAGGAGUGCCUUGGAGGGCCGCCGGCGCCAUCCCGGCUCCUUUCCGCACCGGGAAGCAUGGAAAAGCCGCUGCGACCCCGCCGCCACGGGGAAGGCGACGGCCCGGAUCCCAGCUCCGGCCUCCCUCCUUGCUGCCCGGGCCCUUCCCGGGGCCCAACCGUGCCGCCAGCCCCAGCUCGUGCCUUUGGACCGGGAAUCUCCGAGCGGGGACUGGGCUGCCACAGGGAACAGCCGCGCGGCACCGCUCCGAGCUUUCCCUGGGAUUCACCUGUCCCGAAAAGGGCCGAGCGGAGCCGCCCCGUGCAAAGAACCGAGUUAACGUCGCCGGGAGCCGGCGGGAGGCGGAUUUUAAGGACGGGGAACGCCGGAUCCGGCGGCGAUGCACUUUA